AUGGCUUCCACUAAGAUCUUCGCAAUAAGAUUGUCCACAUCCGCGCGCUCCUCCACACGUACUCUGCGGCCUUUCCCAUCUUCUACUCUCCAGAUUCGAACCAAGGCAACCGUACCAUUCAGACUCCCCGCUGCGAGAAAUGAACCCAAUCCUCUGUAUACAAGGGGCUCCCUGGAGCGCGUCAAACUAGAAGAAGCCCUGACCAACCUCCGGUCCCAGCUACCUGUCCAGAGUGAGAUUUUCUACAACGGUAUGGCGCAAAAGGCGUCCCAGUCAUGGGAUCAGCCUCUUCCAUCAGAACAUGCGACAACGUUCACCAAUUUCCCUCUUGCCUCUCGAGAGCAGGUCACAGCUUCCAUUGAGUCGGCCUUGAAAGCAAAGAAGCAUUGGGAAGAGACCCCCUUCCCCGAUCGCGCAUCCAUCUUCCUGAAAGCGGCAGAGUUAGUCACAACGAAAUAUCGCUAUGAGCUGAUCGCGGCGACCAUGCUGGGCCAAGGCAAAAAUGUUUGGCAGGGUGAGAUUGAUGCUGCCGCCGAAUUGGCAGACUUCUUCCGGCUGAACUGCAAUUUUGCGGCGGAGUUGCUGGAAAAGCAACCGACACGGGGCACUGAUGGAAUUCGCAUAGAUUAUCGCCCUCUCGAGGGAUUUGUGUACGCUGUCUCGCCCUUCAACUUCACUGCAUUGGGUGGCAGCUUGGUCUCUGCCCCGGCUUUGAUAGGCAACGUGGUCGUAUGGAAGCCCUCCCCAUCCAGUAUCUACGCAAGCACUCUAGUCUAUAAGAUUCUGCUUGAGGCCGGCCUGCCUCCGGAUGUGGUACAGUUUGUGCCGGGAGAUGCGGCAGAGGUGACUGACCUGGUGCUCGCCCACCGUGACUUUGCUGGUCUGAACUUCAUCGGCUCCUCAGACGUCUUCCGGAGUAUCUAUAGCAAGAUCGGCGAUGGAAUUGCAAAGAAGACAUAUCGCGAGUUCCCUCGGGUCGUCGGAGAGACGAGUGGCAAGAACUUCCAUCUCGUCCACAAUUCGGCUGAUAUCCUAAGCGCUGUCAACCACACCAUCCGUGGUGCGUUCGAGUAUCAAGGUCAGAAGUGCUCGGCGACCUCUCGUCUGUAUCUCCCGGAGAGCCGUGCCGAGGAGUUCUUGACAGCCUUGACGGCUGGGGUCAAGGAUAUCACGAUUGGAAGCCCUGAUCAAGACUUCGAGGCGUUCAUGGGCCCAGUGAUUCACCGUCAGUCCUUCAAUAAGAUCAAGUCGAUUAUUGACGCCAGCAACAAGGAUCCUACCUUGACCUUGCUGGCCGGAGGCACAUACGAUGACUCGACCGGCUUCUUCAUUCACCCGACAGUCUACCAAGCGCAAUCCCCCGACCACCGCCUGUUCGACGAGGAAAUCUUCGGUCCCGUGUUGACCGUCUAUGUCUACCCUGAUGACGAGUGGAGUUCCAUUCUGAAGAAGGCUGAUCAAUCGGGCGGUGGUUUUGCGCUUACCGGCGCAGUCUUUGCGAAAGACCGCAGGGCAAUCCGCGAAGCUGAGGAUGCUCUUCGCUAUUCGGCUGGAAACUUCUACAUCAACUGCAAGACGACCGCAGCCCUCAUCGGUCAGCAAUCCUUCGGUGGUGCUCGUGCUAGUGGUACCAACGACAAGGCCGGCAGCUCCGAUAUGUUGCGGCGGUUCACAAGCCCUAGGAUGAUCAAGGAGGAGUUCUUCUCCCUGGAGGGUUAUACCUAUCCUAGCAAUCACUAG